CAGCAUAAAAUUUGAAAGCAGAUCAAUAAGACAGGUAAACAACAAACUUCAUGGAUUGACAAGUGACUGGUUACCAAGGACAUGUAAGAAUACUAGGCAGGAAUAGAUUUUAUUUGCUAUAGUUGCUUCAUGGUGCAGUUUUACUAUAGAUAUUGUUUUCAUGGCACAUACAGUGGAUGCAGAAUUAGUUUUAAACUAUGGGAUAGGAAACCACGGAAAUUGAUCAAUAGAUAGUACCUGAAUUUCACAGCAUUUGCAAUGCUGUAAGUAAGGUAAACUAGGAUAUUAAAGAACAUUACAGAAAUUAAGAUAGACUGUUAUCACCACGUUCCUAGAGGAAACAAUGGCAAAUGAGAUAAAGGAUUAAAGGGAAGUCAUGUGGUCAAAUUAACAGGUUAGAAAGAUGUCUCUACCCGGAUCGCCAUAAAACUGAUUACAGAUUUUAUAUUUGUAGGCAGAUACAGUUACAACAAAUUUAAAAAUUCCUGUCGUGGAAAUGUUUUGUUGUAAUGCAAGUGUGUUUAUAUAAAAAUAACAAAAUUAACAACUACAUGUUACAUGUUAUUCAAACUGUAAUUUUUGACCCACAUUAGGGUUUACAGAACAGACAUCAGUGAAGUUUUAAAGUAACCUAUUUUAUUAUACUUCUUAUGAAAUAUAAAAUGAUGAGAUACAGUGGUAGUGUUUUGUAUGUGUUGAUUACCUGUAUUUUCAUGAUUGACAGAAACUUCUCAGUGAAUGGAGAUCUCUUACCACAGCGGCCAUACAUAUAUAUUGGUGAUGAGCUGGAGUUGACCUGCACACAGGAAGAGUUACCUAGUACUGGAUAUUAUUUCACUAAAGGAGAUGAUGUUAUUUCCCCUAGCUUUGUAACCAUCACAUCAAACAUUACAGCUCUUUUGAAAAUAACUGUAAAUAAGUCAAGUGAUGCAGGGAGGUAUGGCUGCUGGGCUGUUAAUGUCACAGGUGAAAAGGAAAUCAUAGGAACACAAUUUGUGACAAUUGAAUAUGCACCACAGAAAGUUGUAAAUUUAACCUGUAUUGUAUAUGAUUGGACUAAAGGAAUGAAAUGUACCUGGAAUCUAGGUGUUGAGUAUAUAAAUAGUGAAGAUAUCUCUGUUAAAGUUUAUUAUGCGGUAUACACUAAAAAAGUCCACUUCCUUUGUCCUCAUCUAACAAACAGAAGUUGUGUAUGGAAUUCUGAUGAGUUUAUGGGUGCAUAUUAUUAUGACAUACAUGUAGCUGUGAAUAACACUGUUAAAAAUGAUGUGAAUUACACAAGUCAACGUUUUAUAACUAAUGACAAUGUGGAACCAUCUCCAAUAGUUCAUUUGGAAUUGCAAAAAAAGAAUAGGACAUGCAUAACAAUAACUUGGUCACACAACAGCAUUCGAAAGAAAAUAUUUAAAGUGAUGUAUGGUUUAAGGAAUAAGACCAAUGUUUUGGAUGUGUUUACUGCUGAUCAAAAUAUCACAAGAGGAUAUUGUGAUUUAUCACCUUAUACAGAUUACACUUUUGAUAUCAGUUGUAAACCUGAAGAAAAUGGCUAUUGGAGUAAGGUUAAAGAUAUUGUUGUGACAACCCUUCAAGAUGUUCCAUUGACUGGACCUGAUGUUAUUGCUGGAUGUUUUUCUGUUUCACAGUGUGAUAGCAGUAAACAUAGGAGUGUUAUGAUCUAUUGGGGGGAUGUUGAAGAGGACAAUCGACAAGGUGAAAUAAUUGGUUAUCUUAUUCAACAGGGUGACCAGAAUUAUAGUGUAUCGAAUGAAAUCCAUAAUAUAAAAAUCCCAGUAAAGCUCAAUUGUCAUGUGAACCAAACAUUUAUUAUUUAUUCUAAAACAGAAAUUGGUUGCUCUAAAAAAUAUUCAAAAAUUACAGUUCCUGCUUCAGACACAGAACUAGCAGUAGCAAAUAAUUUGACAGUAGAGCUAAUAGAAGGUGAAUAUAAUGAUAGUAUAGUUGCUAAAUGGAUUGUUGAUCACCGAUGGCAAAAUGUUAGCUACCAUGUUGUCUGGUGUCUUUUCACACAUGAAUCAACUUGUCAGAGUGGUGUAAGUUGGAAAUCCAUCAAGGACUCAAAACAACUUCUGUUACCAGUUACAUCAGCUAAUUGGCGUAAAUAUCACUAUGGUAUUUCUGCGGAGAAAGAUAAUGCGAGUAGUGGUCUGUAUUGGACAGAUUGUCGGAUAAAGAAAACUGCAAAGCCUCCUGUGCCUCCUGAUGGUAUCAGAAUAACAGAGAAAACAAAAUCUCUGGAAAUACGUUGGAAUCCAGGCCAUUGUUCCUUGGAUUCUGAGGCAUACGUAUAUGGCUAUGAGAUAGCAGUUUGUCAGGCUGCAGAUUGUAAUAAUGAAUCUAAAAGAGUCUACAAGACUGAGGGAAAUGAUGGUGUUUAUGUUAUUGAUGAGCUACAACCAAAAACAAAUUAUAGUAUAUCGUUACAAGCUAUGGCUCUAGCUGGUCCUGGCCCAGAGAGUUCUGCCAUGUUUGGAAUUCCAAGGGAUGAGGAACGUUUCCCAACAGUUUAUAUAGUGAUGAUAGUCAUAGGUUCUGCAGUACUGCUAUUUUUCACCUUCGUUGGAAUGAAAUUUCUUUCUAAGAAAAUAUGUAAUUUUACACCAUAUAAGAUUAAGAACCCAGAAGAGAACUUGGAUUCAAAUGGUCAUAGUAAACAUAUACCAAAUCAAUAUUCACCAACUCAUCAAGGACUUCUUACUACAUCACUACCAGAGUCGCCUAGUAAAGAUAUAGUUUCUGAUGAUGUAUUAGCUCUUGAAAUCUCACCCCCUUAUGAUGUCAAGAUUCCAAGAUUAACAAAUGGUCAGAUAUCAAAUGAAACAUUUACAUGUAUUAAAGAAGAUGUACCUGCUAAAUAUAUUGGCGAUGCAGUUAAAUCCGUUCCACAAAAGAGUAAUGUUUCAAUUGGUAAAUGCAAUCAGUCAGAUUUUACUCCUCAAGAGUUAUUUACUUCAGAUUUUAAUGAUGGUAGACAUACAGCCAAUGAUACUGACCAACAUGAAUCAAAUGAAUAUCAUGACCGGGUUCAGAAAGAUUUACAAAAAGACAGUUUUAUAAAUGGUGAUAAGCUUAAUAAGUGUACGGACAAUGUGUGCAAUGGCUAUGUAUCACAUGAGGACACUACAAUAACAGAUGAAUCGAAAGUAAAAACAAACAAUGCUUAUACUUUGGAUAGCAAAACUAAUGUUGUGGAUACAAAAUAUAAUGUGAACAACAGAAUGGAAAAUAUUGUCACUGGUGAUUCAGAAAGUUCAGAUUCAGGAAGACCUCAUUACAAGCAAUUUGCUUUAUCGGAAGAUGAUAAUUUUAAUUGUGUUGACAAUUUGAGACAAUGUGAACAAGAAAAUAAUGAACAAGUUGACGGUUCCAAAAAUGAACAAAUUGAUAUUAUACAAAAUAGUGCAAUGGAAUUGCCUUUUAAUAUAUCUGAAUAUGUUGUCAAUCCUCAGUUCUUGCCUUCAGCGAGUGGUCAUUCAACAGGCAGCAGUUUAUCAGCCUAUGUUAAAACUGGAUAUGAUUCUGGUGGUACAUCACCAAGUGCUAAUCAUGAUGAUAAUGCUGCUGUUAUUCAGACAACCGAUGUUUGACAUAUGACUACUGCGACAUGCGUUUUGUGCCAUAUUUGUUACAGAACUGUAAAUAUGCCAUAUCUGUGUUUUAUUACUGUGUAUCAUCCAUAAUCAGUUGAAAAUUAUAUAUCGUUUUAGAGUGUAAAAUAACUGUAAAUAAUUUUAUUCUUAAAGUAACGAUUUUCUCACUGCCUAAUCCACGCUAAUAUGUACUCUGAUUAUUUAACAUUUAAUUAAGAAAAGAAAAACAAAUUACCAACGCUAGAUAAUCUCUUGGCUUGGAUUCAAACAGAUUUAAAACACGCUGAUCAAUUUUGUUCAUGGUAUAUAAAGAUGGCAGCUGUCUUAUUACACAGGGAGCAGCGUAGAUCGAUGUAUACACAACGGAACUUAACCAUAUUUGGACUGAUAUUCCUUAUUAGAGAUUCAACUUUCACAAUAUUGUAGUUUGCAAUAACAUGUCAUUUUAAACUAUGUAUAUCUAUCUUAAUUGUUUAUGCACCUAAAUUAUAGUUGGUCAUAAACUGAUGUUCCUGUGGAUUCUCUGGAUAUUACAAUCAUCUGAUUUUUAUGCAUUGUUAACAUUAGUUAUACAAAUAACAUCUUUGUCAAAUUUUAAUGAUUUCUUUAGAAUACAUGCAUAAUUAUGGGGCUUAGGAACUUUAAAAGCCCUGGUGGAUGGUGUUGAUUGACAAUAGCCCUUACAAAAUCCAUCUGGUUAAAAUUCAGAUAUAAAUUUCAUUAUUUUUUUUAUACAUUUGAUGGCCUCUGUUUUAUAUGGAUGACUUUGUAUUGCAUUGGAGGUCACAUUAGGGUGACAUGUGAACCUUGACUGAAUAACGAAAACUAUGUGUUGUAAUCAAGACUGUUAUGAAACCAUCACAUGACCAUCUAAUGCAAACAGAUAGCUAUUAUAUAAGCCUACAGUGGGUUUUUUUUCACCUGAAUGUUCAUGAUUUGUCAUGUAAAAACACAUUUGCCUAAAGCAACAGUUUAUUAGAUUUCAUUGAAUUGUUUAAAACCAAGGCAUAAGAAAGAACACGAUCCAUAUUUAGAAUUUUUCAAAUUAAUUUGCAAAAUUUAUUCAAGUUUACACUGUUACUUUUAAUGCUUGUGAACACCCCUUGUCUAUAGGGUUUGGACAGACAUUACCUAUUUUCUUGAGAAGGAGUGAGGUCUGAACAAAAAGUUAGUGUUAGAGUUUUAGUCAGUAAACGAGUUAACCCAAGCCCCUUAAUUUGAUGUUCAAGUUAGAAAAACGGUUACACUUUGGAAAAUAUAUUAAAUUGAAACUCAUGGUCAUUUUCCACAAUUAGUUUGUUCUAUCUACCUCCAAGUACAUUAUUAGUGGAGAAUAUUAUAAUGCAUCCGAGCCCAACAGUUUAAUUUAUAACUUUAUUUUUUUUAUCUUGGCUUUUAAUUACUCAAGUGAAGUGAAUACAAAACUAGUGUCACUCAUGGAAGGCUUCUUGGGGUCCAUACAGGAUACUACCUCUAUCCCCUAUAAGGUGUUACUCUUUAAUGGAGAUGAAAGUAAGUAUCUAAUUUUCAUAAAAUGGUAUUUUUUCAUCUAAUAUUCAAUAUUGAAAGUCCUUCAAUAUUUAUACAAAACACACGAAUUCUGAUAUUUGUUGGGGUCAAUUCUUUAGAAAUAAGCCAAGAUAUUAUCGAAGCAGGAUAAGCGGAAGCCACGUUUGAAUUUGUUUCGGUAACACUAGUGUUUCUGGAGACUUCCUUGUAAUUUUAUCCACAGCUGAAUGAAAAUAAAGCUGAAAUUAUCUCCCUUUUUGGCUUAACAUGUUAUUUGAGGUCAAAAGUUAGGAAAAUAGUUAUAAUAUAGUGUUACAUUAUAACUAUUACUCCAACACUACAUUUGAGGUCACCCAAUGCAGUAUAGUACAAGUUUUUUUUAACAGUAAUUUUUUCAUCUUUAAAUUAUUGUUUAAAUUCACAUUAUUGAAGAGCCUUUGGCACAAAAUUUUAUAAAAUGACUGACUAUGCAAAUUAAUUUAUUUACACAAAAGAAUUCGUCGAAAUGUCAUUAUGCAAUGACAUUUGUCUGCUAUAUAAGUAUAUUAUUCAUAUUGUUUAUUUAUAUUAUCUUAAAAAGUAGAAUGUGAAUUUUUAUAUGCCCACUUUUAGCACAGCUGGUCUUCGAUAUUUCUUUUUUGCACUGUGGGAGCUGGAUGGACGAAUAGUUAGCACGUGCACACUGUAUCAUAAGGUCUGUCAUUGAGUCAACUGGCAUAGUUUCGAUUCCCCGGUUGUACAUGACAAGGAGUAGGGUUGCCUGUCCAACCUUGUGGGUUUUCUCCGGGUCCUCCCACUGCUAAAGACCCAUACGCACAAAUGAAUUAUUAAAAUAAAAUUGAACCAUGUGUUAAUCCCAAAAUGAAAUACACAUAUUCCGUCCAUGGCAUAUCUUUUUGCAGAGAAAUAAGAUAUUCUUUAUCAGUAUAGGGAAUUUAUAGCUACAAGCACAUAAUUUGAAUGGAAUGUGUGAUUAUAAAUACACACAAUUAUGCCAUGACCAUUGGUAUAAUCUACACCUACACGGAGUCAAAUAUGCACAUUAUGAAUGCAGUAUGCACACUAUGAUUUUGACAUACCUGACCAUAAUCUUUUGUGUUCUCUUUGUAAAUUCCAUAUACUGAUAAAGAAUUCCAUAUACUGAUAAAGAAUAUAUAUAUAUAUAUAUAUAUAUAUAUAUAUAUUCAGUACAUACCUCAGGAAACAUUUGCUCAUUUUAUCCAUGCAGAAUUUUCUUUGUUUUGAUUUGAUUGAUACAAUGAUAGAGUAUUAUGCAAGAUUUAAAUCAUUUCAGUUUUUAUCAGAAUAUUAAAUUUUAAAUAAUAUUUUUAGACCAUACACAAAAGGAUACUGGUUUUUAUAUUAUCAAAAUCAAUCUGUUCUAACAGAAUUUGCCAUUUUUUCCUCCAAGAUCAGCCCACACGAGAAGUAGGUGUCAGUUCUAUUUACAGACAGAAACCUGGCAUGUAACCUACUUUUUGUUAAAUCUAAAUACAGAAAAUGAUUAUUGGUUAUCUGGAAUAUUGAGGUAUAUUAUUAGAGAUUGUUAAACUGUUUCUCCUUUUAAUUUUUCUUAUCUAGUCAUUACUAUAUCCCUCCAAAAUUCAGGGCUUUACCUUUUUUUUCUUUUUUUAUGUAUUUUUAAAUUGCUUAUAAUAAAUUUAUCCUAGUCAACAGUUUCCUUGUUAGGUUUUUAUGCACACAUUUUCAUGUGGAAGUAUGAUUUUGUCGCCCCGGUCUGUCUGUUCAUAUUUUGUUUGUGGUCCCUCUACACAGGGCCCGUGAGAUGGAGGGGGACAGCUGGGACACUUGUCCAGGGGCCUGGAGGUAUGCCGUUAGAGCGCGAAUUGAAUAUAAAAUCCUUACAACUGUAUAUAAACGUAUCUUAUCUUAUCCAUAUCCGCUCCCAGCUAUAUAAAACAGAUGUUUACACUGUAUAGUGAUGUACAGAUACCCCACAAUCUUGGAUCCUCGAACGAUAAAACAUUACUAUCUGUAAUGAAAUAUAAGCUAUGUGGAAAAUAAUCGUUUCCGGUUAAUGGUGCAUGUUGGACUGUUACAUCAAGGCUUUUUGUAUGGAAAUCAAUUUAGCUGCUUCUGUCUAUCCCUUGCAAGGCAACCUCUUGUUAAUUAUAUAUAGCUGUAAACAUCAUUGCAGGAGGUUUCAGCUCCACCGUCCUGCAUCACUGACAAGGGGGAACCACGCCGGAAAAUCUGGAUGAACUUUCUCGGCCAAUGCAGGGAUCGAACACCCGACCUCCAGGCUAAAAAGAAAGUGAUUUUUCCUACAAUCAAGGGCCAUAAUUCAGGAAAUUACAAUUCGAUAUGCGCAAAUAUCGAAAGGAACCGAGAUCUUUGGUUAUAAACUUACAUUUCAAGUUUCAACCAAAUCGGGAUAAAAAUUGUGACCUCUAUAGGGUCCACAACCUUGAUAUACCAUAUUUUUACGCUAUUUGAGAACGAAGGGCGACCAUUCUGUCUGUCAGUUUAGGGUUUAACGGUGAUAUAAUAAUACGUUUUUUUUAAAUCAGAUAAAUAUCAUGACCUUAUAGGGUCCACAAGCUAAAAACAUGAUUUAUCGACAAUCAGGAGCCAUAAUUCAGGAAGUUACGGUCAGAUAUGCGUGAAUAUCGAAAGGAACCAAGAUCUUUGGGUUAUAAGCAUACAUUUCAAGUUUAAACCAAAUCGGAUAAAAAUUGUGACCUCUACAGUGUUCACAAGCUAAAAACGUGAUUUUUCUUACAAUCAGGGGCCAUAAUCCAUGAAGUUAAAGUCUGAUACAUGCCAAUAUCGAAAGGAACCGAGAUCUUAGGGUGAUAAACCUAUAUUUCAAGUUUCGUUGAAAUCUGAUAAAAAUUGUGACCUGUAGACUGUUCACAAACAAUUGUGGACGGACAGGGGCGACGACAAUAUACGUCCACAUGAAAAUGUGGGCGUAUAAAAAAGUAGGGGAUAUUGAAAUGCAAAUACCUAUGCAGGUUGUGAUAUGAUCAAUAGUCAUGAUCACUUGACAUGCUUUGAGAGUAUGUUUACAGAUGAAGAACUUAUCGCCCCAACCAACGCAACAGCGCCAUACACAUGGGAGGGGUUCAUUGUCAAAUUUGAUACUUCAAGGAAGGGUUGAUGAAAACUGCCGCUUGCUGAUUUAUCCCAUCCAUGUUUGCUUUCCUAUCGUUUCUUGAAUAAGAUUUACUGUUUAGCAUAUCUUUCCUUUAGUGCGUUACAUUUAAUUUGAUUGGGAGACGUGUUCGUCAACACUGCAAGAAUUGGCCGUGGCACAACAAGAGGAGUGGGUCAGAUUGCCCCAAAUCGUGAUUGGACUGUUGAUUAGGAGCAUGCCACGACGAAUUGCUGAAUGUCUGAGGAUUGGUGGAGCAAUUACUCAUUAUUAAGACAAAAAACAAAAACCUGCAUUUUCACUUUUGACAGUGUAUCUCUUUGCGAGUGAAAUGGGGCCGUCAGAUAAGCCGCCCAGAUGAACUGUUUAUGUUCAUGUGUAGGAAAUUGGCCUGUUAUUAACAUACACUGGUUACCUCUAAUAAAAACAGCAGUGCAUUUCCGCAGUUUUGUAUUGUUUCUG